UUUUCUUCCUCCAAGUAAUCUUCUUAUACCUUUUCACAAAUGUUUCCAAUUUUAGCUUAUGGUUUUUACAUGGAAGCUUCAACCAAGUUUUUAACGUGUGUGUUUGCAGGAAAAUGGCUUUUGCUAAGGUCUUCUUGUUGUGUUUUCUUGCAAUGGUGUCAGCUGUUCGUGGACAUGGUGGUGGUUGGACUAAUGCACAUGCAACCUUCUACGGCGGGAGUGAUGCUUCCGGGACGAUGGGUGGAGCUUGUGGUUACGGAAACCUGUAUAGCCAGGGUUAUGGGACGAAUACUGCGGCUUUGAGCACUGCUCUGUUCAACAAUGGGCUGAGCUGUGGGUCGUGCUUUGAGAUUAAGUGUGUGAACGAUGGCAAGUGGUGCUUGCCUGGCUCCAUUAUGGUCACCGCCACCAAUUUUUGCCCUCCCAACAAUGCUCUCCCUAAUAACGCCGGCGGCUGGUGCAACCCUCCACUGCACCACUUUGAUCUUUCUCAGCCUGUUUUCCAACACAUUGCUCAAUACAGGGCCGGAAUUGUGCCUAUUGCUUACAGAAGGGUAGCAUGCGGAAGAAAGGGAGGUAUCAGGUUCACAAUCAAUGGUCACUCCUACUUCAACCUUGUCCUCAUCACCAACGUUGGAGGUGCAGGUGAUGUACACUCGGUGGCCAUCAAGGGCUCCAGGACCGGUUGGCGGCCCAUGUCUAGGAACUGGGGACAGAACUGGCAAAGCAACAGUUACCUCAACGGCCAAAGCCUCUCAUUCAAGGUCACAACAAGUGAUGGUCGUACUGUGGUGUCCUACAAUGUUGCCCCACCUGGCUGGUCGUUUGGGCAGACCUUCACUGGCGCCCAAUUCCACUAGAGGAACACACUAUAU